UCUAAACAAAAUACAGCUGCUCAAGAGCCAAACAUAACUAGCAAUUUUAAGUUGACCUGACUUGUUAUUUUUUGUGAACCAGUAAUUUUUUGACUUAAAUACAGUUAGUUAAUUAUGGAAGUGUAUCUUAAGUGACUUUAAUAUCGACUGUGUUGUAUAUUCGUGACUACAUUAUAGUUAACUUGUAAAUAUUUUUCUUAUAUAAUUUUGUCAAAAAAUAUUUUAUUAUAUAGGCACAUAUAUAAAGUUUUCAGGUGAUAUAAUAAUUUUUUUCAUCGUCGUUAUUCGAAAAGUAGAAAGCAGGCUGCUGUGAAAUGGCUUAGCGGUUUGCAGCAUGCCGGCGUUGGAAGAGGGAACAAGAGCGCUCGGCCCUAUGAGGCUGGCCCCGUCAGGCCACCAUGACUCUCGCUGCGUCAUGAAGGAGACCCCUGCCUGAGCGAUGGAACUCAAGGUCUGGGUGGACGGGAUCCAGCGGAUUGUUUGUGGUGUCACGGAGAACACCACAUGUCAAGAUGUGGUGUACGCACUGGCGCACGCGACGGGGAAGACCGGGCGCUUCACGCUGAUAGAGCGCUGGCGGAACAACGAGAGGUUGCUGGCUCCUCACGAGCACCCGUUGAAGAUCUUGACCAAGUGGGGGGAGUACUCCAGCGACGUGCAGUUCAUCCUGCAGCGCUCGGCCUCGCGGCCACAGCCUGGCCUCACCCCCACCAAGUCUCCCCCUCCCGACACGGCGGGACCGGACCGCAACAAGGACAUUCGCAAGUCGCUGACCUUCAGCGGGGGCCACCAGGGCUGGUCUGAGCUACGCCGUCGCGAGGAUCUCGAGGUGCGGGAAGAGCUGGUGCCUAGGAGCAAGGAGGAAAAGGGCAGCUUGUCGCCUGGUCACCAGGAGGGCUACAGGAGUCCCGCGAGGCGGGAGGCCCCGCCGUACAGGGAGCCUCCGUCCCCGACGUCCCCGCCCCCGUACCGCGACCCCCCACCCCCCACCUCCAGCCCCUCCCGUGGCACCCCGGAGCACACCGACAGCAGUUCCUCGUCCUCGGUCGGCAAGAGCAAGCUGAAGCGGAAUCUCAUCAAGGACUACAUGCAGGCGGGGGAUGUCCAGCCAGAAGGCGCGCUGUACAGCAACCAGUACCGUGACCUGGUGCGCCUCAUCAACUACCAGCGCCAGAAGCUCUCAGCGCAGCAGGCCGAGCUCACCAAGUACGAUGCGGAGAUAGUGUUCUGGGAGGGCAAGACCCGGGAGCAGCAGAUGCAGAUUGACUUCCUGUCCCAGGAAAUAGCGCGCAUCGAAGCCAUCUCGCAUAACGGCGAGGAGCAGCUGCGACAGCUGAGUGGUGUCGAGGAGGAGAGCGAGAUAGUGCGGCAGCAGGAGAAGACCCUGAAGUCGGAGCUGACCUUGCUGCGGUCCAAGCUGGCCAACUGCGAGACGGAGCUGCUGCAGUGCAAGAACAAGAUCAGGCUGCUGCUGGAGGAGCUGCAGGCAGAGCAGCGCUGCGUGGUGCGCGAGAGCGAGGACCGUCAGAGCCUGGAGCGCGCCACGCUCGGCGAGCUGGAACGGCUGCAGCACGAGCUGGACCAGGCCAAGCAUGGCACUGAGGCGGCCGCGCAGUGUGGCGACAGUCUCCAGAGGGAGGUGGCGAUCCUCGAGGCCGCCAUUGCGGAGAAGAAGCGGCAGGUGGAGAGGCUGGUGUCCGACAUGAAGGAGGCCAACCUACAAAGCCUGGCCGUCGCGCCCGCUGAGGAACUGAAGCACCUCCUGGAAGGCCCUCACAAGCCGGGCAGCACUCGCAAGAUGAUCGGCUCGCCACGGCAGCUGGAGAACGCCGUGCCCACCAGCAAGAACCCCCACGGCGUGUGGGUGUGAUCGGCGCUCAACCCACAGCGGGUGGGAAACACACCAAAGAAGCAGGAAUAUUCACACAUGAGUCCGUUAGACAGUGUGUCAGCACGGAACGUUGGCAUUCUCCCUUGCGAUUGUGGGUUUGUCUUAGAGCGUGAUUGAGUGUUUGAAUGUUUGUGAGCCCUGUAAAUAUUUUAAGCCAUUCACUUAUUACUGCCCAUUGUGCUUGUUUUCUGUCUUAAAUAAUUUUUUUUUGUGUUCUGCCAUGAGAUAUAUAUGUAGAUACAAUAUUAAGUUAUUUUUGUGACAGAAUAGUGUACAAUUUUUACUUAAAAAAAUUAUAAACCCUUCAUAUCAGCUGUCUGAGCUAGCAGAAAGAGAUUGUAAGACCACUGCAUUAAAAAUAGUAUUAUAGUACAAUGUUAAAGAGCAGAUACUUUGACUGUACAUGGGGCUAUUCUCCAGGAGCUUGUCUUAUGAGUUAGUGGAAGUCCUCAGUGUUGCAGAAGUCCAGUCAGCAAACAGGUAAAGCAUGUCACUUGGAUUGUGUAGGUUUUCUUUAAUUUUUAACACUUCUCAAAAAAUUCACUCUCGAAACCCCAAUUGUCACAGACGGUUUUCAGAAGCUAUCCCAUUAUCCCAUAAGAACCAAAGCACAACGUCUCGUUACCAGUCGCAGAGGCAGAGACAUGUUAUUUGGUGGUGAGUCUUAUUUCUUGAGGUAUCGACUUUGCUGCCAUCUUUUUUCCAACUAAUAUGCUUGCUUGCAUGUAACAAGGAAAGUGCAAAAUUUACAGCAGACUGUAGUUAUCUAUCUGCGGGUAAUACCGAAGUGAGAGAGUGCAGUAUAAUGCCGCAAAACUACUGUGAAUAUGUUCAUGGCUUCAAAAACUUGAAUAUUCCGUAAGUGAAGUCUUACCAGCAAGCAAGGAAAGGAAGAUUUUCACUUGUACCAUAUGUGUUGACACAAGAUAAAUUUGUGUAGCAUCAAUACUGUUAGAAAGCCUGAUUAUUUAGCUUAUAACAAUUUGUCAGGAAUAAUUUGAGUAAUGGUUAAAAUAUCCCAUAAUAGUUGUUAAGCAAAAAUACGUUUAUCCUAGUAGAUUUUGAGCAAACAGAAAGAUCAUAACAUAACAGGCUCCCUGCGCCCUGUGAACCAGAAGUUGACCUGUGUACUGUUUCACCCCUGGAUGACAAACUAGAUCUACUAGGCACACCAAAGUGGUCCUGCCAGGUAUGUACUUUGUGUCUGCAUAUGUGUUCCGUUGGCUUUGGCAGGAGCUCCAGUAUUGGCUUAUUUGUAGUCAUGCGUUGCUGCAAGGUGGCACACAGGUACUCUCUUGAGGCCUCAGUCCUGACUUCUUUCCUCCAUGGUUUUCCAAACUCACUCCAUGCAAUACUGGGAUUCCUUCCUCAAUAGUUCUGAUUUAUGCUGUUUUCCAUCUCUGAUGACAUCAUUGUGGAUAAGUUUUCUCACAUUUGUUUGACUUUAUAGAAAUAUCUGAGGUCCUUUUCAUCCAUAUUUCUCUAAAUGUUUUAAUUAUAAACAAGUAAGCUUGCUAUGUUAACGCUGGUCUUAUGUUAUUCAGGCUAUGAUGUUGUGUAGCUACAAUAAAGUGAAACACUAGGUAUUGUGUUGAAAAUAAUUUUUGGUCCAUUUUUGGCUCACUUCUCCAAAAUAAUUUAAGUGGGAACAAUUUGACUCGUACAAUAUUAAUUCAUAUACCAGAGGUAGGCGCGUGGUGAACCGAGUGAGACUCGUCCAAGGUGAGCAUACAUUCGUCAACACAAUCAAAUCUGAAAGUUUAAGAUCCACAGACAGAUGGUAAUCAUAGUGCAGUCUGUGAUAUGCCAGUGAGCUGCCAGCAGGUCUCUUGGCGUCUAAGGUGUUGCUGAAACUGUGCUUGGGAUUAAUUUAGUCCACAAAACUAUUUCUUUCCAGCCCUUGCAUUAAAGAAGGGUCGUAUACUUUUUUUUGACAUAUUUUGGUACUUCUGUUAGAAAUAAUAGAGAAUUAUUAGUUAUUUAUUUAUUUAUUUAUUUAAUAUUGUAACAUGCCCACCAACAGCCGAGGGCUUUAGCGGUGGGCACGACACAUAUAUACAAGGACAACAUAUAAACAAUACAAACAAACAAGUAAAGUUAAAAUAAGUAUAACUAUUAAAAAUAAACAUCAAAAUAUAAAAUGCAUAAAAAGAAAUACAAAACAUAGACAUUACAGUAUAAUGAAAUUACUAAUUGCAGACUUAUCUAAAAAUUAAUUUAAAAAAAAAAGAAAAAAAGAAAAAUACAUUAUAUACCUAGUUACACUUUCACAGAUUAAGAUGAUCAAUUUUAUUGAAAUUAUAAAUGGGUCGAAAAAUUAUAUCAUUCUUUUUAUGGUAUGUACAUAAGGUAGAUGUUAAACGGCUGUUAAAUUGGGGAAUUCUAAUGCCAGUAUUAUCAAGAAUGGACUUACAAUUUAAUUUUGAACAGUAACAGUUUUUAAUAAAUACAUAAUCCAGAUAGAUACGGCAUUCAGAAAGAGAAUCUAUGGUAAGCUGAGAGAAGUUUUUAAGUUAAAUUAUUUUAUCAAAUUGAUUCUGAAUGGAUUCUAAUUUAUUGCUAUCGGAAGGAUUAAUUGAAUUCCAAAUAACUGAACAAUAUUCUAACUUAGAUCUAACAAGUGAUAAAUAAAGACAAAGAAGAGUGUCACUGUUUGUGGCAUAGAAUGUAAUAUAUUUGAUUAAUGCUAAUGUUCUAUUUGAACUAGUAACUAAGUAAUUUACAUGCAAGUGAAAAUAUAAUUUUGAGUCAAGUAGUAUACCUAAAUCUUUUAUAGAAGAAGUGAUUAGGAUUAUUUUAUUGUUAAGAACAUAAUCAUAUUUUACAGGAUGAUAUUUCCUUGUGAAGGAGAUAAUUUUUGUUUUACUUGUGUUAAGAGUUACUAAAUUUAAUAAGCACCAUUUAUUAAUUUCAUGUAUAUCAAUUUCAAGUAACAAGCAGUCAUUGAUAGAGUUAAUACUUCUGGAAAUUUUAAAAUCAUUGGCAAACAAUACACCACUCGAAUGUUUAGGUACAAAUGUAAUAUCAUCAAUGAAAAUAUUGAAAAGUAAUGGAGAGAGAGUGCCACCCUGCGGGACCCCAGAUGGAACUUUAAAAUAUGAAGAAUAACUGUUGUUGAUGGAAACAAAAAAGCAUCUAUUAUGAAGGUAGUCUGAAAACCAGGUUACAAAAUUGCCACAUAAAACAAAUUUAGCAAGUUUACUGAGUAAAAUAUCAUGGUUAACAGUGUUGAAUGCUUUCGCAAGGUCAAAGUAGCAGGCAUCUACCUGACCCCUAUUCGUUACCUCAUAAUAAAUAGGAUUUAGAAAGGACACAAGGUUGGUUGCUGUGGUCAUACCAGUUCUAAAACCAUGUUGUGAAGGAGACAGUCGGUUUUUAAUUGGGAAAUUUAAGAAUUUAAAGAUAAUUUUUUCAAAUAUUUUAGACAAACCAUUAAGGAUGGAAAUAGGACGGUAGUUAGAUACCUUUAAUUUAGAACCGCUUUUGAGAAUGGGAAUUACCCUUGCUAUUUUCCAUUUGGUGGGAAACGUUUGACUUUUCAAACUUACGUUAAAUAAAUGUUUAAGAAGUGGUGUUAAUAUGUAUGAACAGCCUUUAAGAACAAAGUUAGGUAUUCCAUCAGGACCGCAUGACAUAGAAGAUUUUAGGGAUUUAAUACCCCAAAGCACAAGACUUUCAGAAAUAACGGGGACCAAAAUGGUAUCAUGGUUUGACGUUGAUACAUUAACAUUAUGAUUGUGAUUAGUAGAUGAAUAUACAUUAGAAAAAUAUUCAGCAAAGGUAUUUGAUAGCAAAACAGGGUCAGAAGACACAACAUCAUUAACCUUGAGAGAAUACUCUUCACGGUAACCAUUUCUCAUUAUUUUUACAUAGCGCCAGAACUUUUUGGGGUAAGACCUUACUUUGUUAUUAAUAUGCCGAGUCCAAUUGAUUUUGUCACGUUUGAUUAGAUAUUUAACUUGCUUCCUGUAGAAUGAAAAUUGGGAAUAGUAGAUCAUGUUUCUUUUCUGUAAUUUAUGGAAGUGUUUUUUAGCUUUUAGAUUAAAUAUUAAUUCACUAGAGAACCAGCAAGGGUAUUUAGUAGAUUUUUUAUAAAUAACAGGAAUAAAUUAAUUCAUACAGUUACAUAUGCAGUUAGAGAGUUGAUCCACUAAAAAAUUAACAUCUGUAGAUUUAUAGAAUAAAGACCAAUCAAAAUUUUUUAUGGAACUAAAGAGACCAAAUUAAUCCCCAUUUUUAUAAUUUUUUAAAUUAGUCAAAAAAUUAGAUUUAUAUGGUAAAGAGUCUAAAAUUAAUUUUAUAAAUAAUGCUGGAUGAUAAAAGUCUUCUUUUACGAGUGGAUCAGUUGCUUGAGACACUUCACAGAUUGAUGAGUUAGAAAAAAUUAAAUCUAAAAGAUUAGGGGGAGGCUGAGUGUUGUAUUGGAUAAGGCAGAGGCUAGAAGCGAAAUUGAGAAGACUCUGUGCCUUACGAUUAGUGUUCACUUGUAAGUUAUAAUUGGACCAGUCAAUACCAGGAACGUUGAAGUCACCAAGGAUCAGUAUUUCAUCUUGAAGGGACGAAAGUUUGUCUUCAAGAUAUUCAAAAUACGAUACAUACGUAGUUAACGAUGUGUUAGGCGGUAAGUAGAUAGUACCAAUAAUAACUUGUUUAGAUGAAUUACUUUUAAUUUUAAUCCAUAUGGCUUCCACACCAGGAUAAUCAAGUGUAUUAAUUAGCUCAACUGAAGCAAAUUUAAGUUUAUUUACCGCUAUUAGAACGCCACCACCAUGUUUUUUUCAAUGUCAGUAGAGAAUCUCUAUCCUUUCUAAAUAUAAGAUAUUUGUCCGAGAAAUAAUGUGAAUUUAUACUCGUUUCGUGGAACCAGGUUUCAGUUAAAAAAAUUAUAUUAUAAUCAGAAGUAAGAAGGUUGUCAGAAAAGACUGUUGAUUUGGUUCUUAGUCCUCUGACAUUUUGAUAAAAAAUGACACACUCCUUAGAAACUGAAUGUAGGAGAAAUAUUAAGGUAGAGGUGUUCCUCCAGACACCCGGGAUGAAUUAGUUAUGUUAUAUUUAAAAAAAAAUUAAUUAAGGUUUAUAAUUAAAAAAAGUUUCAAUUUCUGUCCUGGAGGAGGGUAGUUCCAACAAUAAUUGAAAGUGCUUUAGAAAUUAUUUUUGUAACUUUCAAAAAAUUUGGGAGCUUUUACCCUCCCUCCACUGGGUCGAGGAAGGGGGGUCCGACAAUUUUCCUUAGUCGUGGGCUUACUUAAUAAAUAAUUGUCAAAAAUAAUCUAAGUCGUCGUUUUUCGACAUCAAAAACAUACCCCUCCGAUUAAGCUUCAAGCUUUAAGCUAUCUCCUCCGAAGGGGAAGAGGAAGUGAGGUGUGAAGAGAGGAAUGGGGAGACUAAGGUUUAGAUGUGUUUGAAGCUUGGGAGUUAACAUCGGUUUAGCCGUUUUGUUUUGGUAGCUCUUCAAAGUUUGGCUUUUUAUGUGAAAAUGGGAUGCAUGAUUCAAGUAAAACCAUGGCUCUUGCUAUGUGAAUUUAAGGUUUAAUGUAAUCCAUUGUUUAAUUUUUCGCUAUUUACUUGAUGAUAUGUAGAAGUAAAAGUGCCAGAAAAGCUUUUGACGGUAAAAUACUUUGUUUAUUCUCUGCUAGACUGUGGCUGCUUGUUGCUGUUAUGAAGGGAGCAAGCCCAGCAGUUAUUGUGUGAAGUCUUGGCUACUGGAUAUGUAAACAGACUUUAUUCAGUGUCUCAUAAACGUCUUAUGUGUAUAUUAUAAAGUAUAUUUUAUUAUUUAUUAGAAUAGUAAUAAGUGUAAUUGUAUGGCUGGAAGCAUUAUACAAACCAGUUGUUUUUGAAUUGAGUUAAAAUGAUUCCCAUGUAUUUUAUUUAUAAAAUACUUAUAAUGUUGGUAUGGCAGAAAUUCUCAAUUAGCUUGUCCAAAGAGGUGCUGUUUCUCUGAUCUCAGAUUUAUGCAUCUCAAGUAUUUCUUACAUAGUUUGUCAGUAAGAGGGAAUGUUUUAAACUUAAAUUGUAUUAUAGCACUUGCCUAAUUGUUUUGCGCCUGUAUGUGCUAAAGUUUGUAAUGGCACUUACUUGUGUUGGAACUCAAAAUAUACUUUCAAAUUUUUGAGGUUACUGCUAUUAUGUUAGUGAGCUUGAACAGGAUUGGAGCAAGAUUCAAUUUAAAAUCUGAAACAUUGUCUUAAUUUGUAAUUCUGAUGUGGUGUAGGAAUGCAUUUCAAAUUUUGUGCUCCUAUCUAAGUAGCCAAUUUUCUAAUAAUUAGUUUUAUUGUCUCUGUAAAAUGUAGAUAUCAGUUGAGCUCAUAAAUGUUGCUUAAUUUAUUCCAAAAUAUUGCAGCGUGCGGAUCUAACCUAACCCUAGCCAGAGCAGGGAGUCACUAGAAAAUGAGUCUCAGUAAAAGUGUAAGCAGAGCAAAAUAAUUAACGUGACCUAGGAUUUUCAAAAAGAAAGUCAUAUCAAAUUGUUCAAAAGUCUCAAAAGAGUGUUGCAUUUACACACCAGUAUGACAAUCCCUAGUAUAACUAAAUAAUUAGGGUACAUAAUAUUAAUAGUGCUAAAGCACAACAAACUUGUAACAGCUAGACUAGUCUCAAUCACUGUUAUUGACCAAAAAAAACCUAUACAAAGCUUAAGAACCAUUUAAAGUAAAAGACCAAAACACAAUAAGUUAGAAAAUAAUUAUAUGUAUGAAUAAAUAUACUAAGAACAGUUUACAUUUACGUGAUAUAAAGUUCAUAAAUAGUUAAUUUCAGUCCGUUAAAUCCCUUGAGGAAAUAAGUAUAACAGACUUAAAAUUUAUACAAUAUAUUGGGCCUGUGGGUAAAUGAUGAAAAAAGUCAACUAAAAGUUAACUACAAUGUUUAAAGUCACGGAGACCAUAGUUACGGCAGGAUAAUUGAUAAACAGAAAUUUCUGUGCUUAAAAGUGCUUGAUGGUAAGCAAGUCACUUAGCUGGUGAUAAAAACACAAAUUGCUUUGAGGACCUCGCCAAUUCAUGUAGGUAGCGGAAGUACAUCUCGUCACACUUGUUACGGUUCGUUUAAUGAAAUAAAAAGAUUUUCUUUUUCAUUCGAGAGUUUUAUUGUCGAAAGACGAAACAACCACAUGCAAUCACUUUCAAUGUUUUGCUCACGCAUUUAACUCGUACAUCCGCCUGUCGAGAAUUGCUCGCAGCUCGGGCGAUGAGGAUUAACGAAAAAUAACGUAGGUUAAGUCCUUCAGUAACAUCUUACUGUAAGUACACGAAAUCAGUGCGGCCUCAAACGUGGCUGCACCCAGCGAAAAUGAAUUUCGCCAUUAGCCGAAACGCCGACGUCGGUAGCAGCAAUUUCUAAUUAAAAAUGUCCAUAAGUUCCAAAAACAACCAAUGAUUAAAUUACUAUCUUUGGCCUGGCUCGAGCUACCGAUGUUAAAUUUUCUAUUUCACAAUUACUACAUAUUUUGUGAGAAGCCACCGAACGUGCCCUUCUCGUGCAGCAAUCGACAGACGACUGGUGAAAUCAUGGCACUGGUUUCUUCACGCAGGGAGGGCAGUCACAUGACCUCACCGACCAAUCUCACACACGCUUCAGUCACACUACAAAUCACGAGCCAAUAGGAAUACGCGACAUACAUUGAAAACAGUUUUCUAUACACAGAGCCAGGGACUUUACAUUCUCGUUCUCUCUCCCACACCGUGAGACAGCAGUUAUCACUUAGUUCCCAUGCAGGGGGGAAUCCCAGCUUUUGUCUCUGUUGGCAGGGAAUCCCAGUGUCCGUCUCAUUCUUACUUACAAAACUCAUAUCCCUCUUUCUCUCUAUUUACAUCCGCCAUAGACACAGUUCCUUGUUCUAGAACUAUUAUCCAACACCUUAAUGAAAAUUAAAAACAGCAAUCAUUAUACAAAUUACUUGACCAAAUUAAACUUAUUUGAAAAACCUGAAAAAGAGGCCAAAACAGGCAAAAAUCCAGUACAACGACUUAUUUGUGAAUAAUUACAUAAAAAAUAGUAAUGAUUUAAAAUGUUUGUUAAAAUACAAAGUACCCUCUUAAAACACACAGCAAGUGCAAAUAUCAACCCUAACAUACAUAAAAAUGGUAAAAACAUUCGUAGCAAGACUUUUUAAGAAAUGUUUACAUGCAUAAAAAUAGUUUAGAAGAAAAAUAUUUAGCUAGGAGGGCAGGGGUCUUGCAACGUUACACACUCCCUCGUUGGUGUGGAAGUACAUCUCGUCACACUCCCUCGUUGGUGUGGCCAAAGCUACAUAUAGCCCGUCCAGUUAGCUUUGUUAGCGAGGCGGCCUCUCCGACUAUUUUCCAGCGACCCAUGAAAGCAAAACUAGGCAAUCUCACUGGCUGAAGUAUCUUGCCCACCAAAGGCAUUAGUUCAUUUGCCCCAGUAUAUUUUCCAAAGCCCAAAUAGGUGAAAUUCAUGCGCGAAAGCAAAGUGUUUAGGUCAAGCUAUAGCUUUCUUAAUUAGAAGUUCAGUACCGGACGUAAAGAGAAGAAUACUGUUUAGCAAUGCACUUGUUACUUAAAACACAAAACCAGACAAUGCUCGUGAUUCAAUAAGUCUUUUAAACAGCCAAAGUUCCAUUGUAUCCUACAGUCCAGACAAAACUAGCACUAUGCAUGAUGGUAAUUAUGAUGCCACAAAGCUAGGUAAAUUUUUUGUUUAAAGCUUAACAAAAUGGUUGGUCUUUACCAAAAGUGCAGAAAGUUAAUGGUAAACUGUACACCACACACGCGUGUAAAAGCCCGAUACUCGGCUAUAGCGGACCUAGCUCAAGGCUUACUUGUAAAGAUGGAAGCUGGGGAAACUGUUGCUGAGGUCGUGAAGUCCGUGGUUGACGAGAACAGCAGAGCACCCAGGUCGACAGUCGUCCGCCCCGCAGGGCUGAGCACAAGCCACUCCUCCUCGCGAUGGUGGUGCGGUGCAGUGAGUCGGAAAAGAACCAGAGCGAACGUCUAUACAGGCCAUAGUUACACUGCCAAUACUCGCGCAAGAACGCGUCAGAAUCACUGUGUGUGUUUGUGUGUGUGUGCGUGCGUGUGUAAACCAAUUUAGAUUUAAAGAAAAAUAAUAAAGCAUCUAUUAAAAAAAUUAGGUAAAAGAAUAAUAUCAAAUUUUAAUUAAUGCAAUAAAAGGCUGAACAGGAAAUACUGAAGCAUACAGCAUGCCUCAAUAUUUCAAGUUUUAGGCUUAUGUGUCUUUACAACAGUAUUUUCAUAAAACGUGUUACAGUCACAAACAGUUAACUUGGGGUGCUGUGUUUUUCUUAUUUAAUUAACAUUAUAUGGUGUAUGUAUUUACUAUUUAUAAAAACCACCAAAUCUUGAUGUUAACUUAUGGGAGUAGAAGAGAAAUAUUAUGUACAGUAUUAAGGUAUUGCAGAAGUGUUUCCCUAAUUGUAAUUUAUAACAUCAUUUUUGAAAAGUCUGUUAUAGAUUUUACACACAAUCACUUUUAUACAAGUAAUACAUGGUAAGCAUGUUACCAAACAAUAGAUAUUUAGAUUUCCUGUUUUUAAUUGUGUUUGAGAGCCAUAUAUUUUUUUUAUUUGUUCCCUUACUUUUUAUACAUGUAUAUGUAAAAUUAACAAAACAGAAUAUUGGUAGUACAGUGUAAAAAAUAAGUGUUUUGCUUUAAUUUCAUGGGUUUAACUCUGCAGUUAUCACUUUAGGAUAUUUUGUGAAUGAACCAGUAUGUCUUUCAUCAGUAGCAUAUUUAUAUUUUUAUUUGUGUAUGAUCUUAUCAAUAAAUAUUUUCUCUCUGAUCUAUAGGAAGUAUGAAGUGACAAAAUCCAAACCUCUGUUGCCUUUGCUGGGCUAUGUAGCAGUAGAUAACAGGAAACUACAAUACUACCCAUGCUGCUUAUCUUGGGAGGUGAAAAUUAUGUGAUUAGGGUGUGGGACUUUCGAGGUAAUGUUUUGUUAAUGUUUUUGAUCAGUUCGUACACGGCUGAACUAGCACUAGGAAUAGCAAAAAUUUCACAGGUGCAGUCUUUAGAUAUAUCAUUUGGAUGAUAUCAAUGCCUUUAAAAUAUCAGGUUGAAAGUUUCAAUAUUUACGACAUAUCAGUUUAUUAUAGUACCAAAACUUUUACCUGUGUUUUCUUUUACUUUUUAUAACAUAAUUACAUAUGUGAUAUACCUCAGCUUUUAUAAUGAAAUUACUUGAAACAAGUUUUGCUCUUACUAACAAAAGUAAAUACAACUGAGUAAAGUUUCAAUUUUUCCUUUGUUUACUAUUCAGUACCUACUCACUUCUCUACAUGUUUGAAUGGCUUCUUCUUUGUGAAUGUUUUGCUGAAUUUUUAAGUACAGUAAACUCCCGGUAUACCGCGCCCCGAUAGAUCGCGGAAUCGGGUAUAUCGCGGGUCAAACCAUGUCCCCCAAUCAGAAAUUAAUAAUAAUAAUAAUAACACAGUAGAACCUCGUUAAUUCGUGAUGGUCGGGACCGAGAUAAUCACGGAUUACCGAAUUUCACGGACUAGCGAUUAAAGCCCGGAAGGUCUUGUCAAGCUUCUCAGAUACCGGCGUGCAGCUGGGUUAAGGCCAAGGUCAUGUGACGUAACAUCUACCGAGGCUUACUGCGCCAUGGCAGCAGAUGGAUAUAAAUAGUAAACUCUCCAUUAUUCGUGUUAAUUGGGACCCGCCGAUGCCCGGCUAAUUAAAAUCCUGUAAAAAAAAAAGUAAUAAACCCGGAUAAUCCGUUCACGGUAAAGACCGUCUUCGAAUUAGUCUCGGCUUAAAAAAAAUACGGCACUGCCUAGCCAUUAGUUCACGGUCAUUUACAACAGCCGAAGAGAGAAAGAUAAGAUCGUGCUGAACUUGCACACAUAAAUUUUGGGUAGCCCCCCCCUCCCUCUCAAUCUUCCCACUUCGUCCAGCCGAAUGCCAGCCAGACACGUCACUCGCCAGGCGCCUGCCGUGCGUUGGCGGGUGGAAACAAACAAAGGGAGACGGGAAGCAGAAGUCAAGACAUCCCCCUCAAGUUUAAAGAGUGACAAAUGUGACAGCUGAAAGGGGGACGACACAAAGGGUCGGUACAAACAGCGUUGCAGAGUUUGGCGGCCCAUGCGAAGGCUUGCAGUGUUUGCCGGCCGCCGGCCCGCGUGACGUUAAUUUUAAGCGCUGACAAUUUUUACUUCUCUUUUUUUUCUGCACUUUUAAAUCGUCCCGGAUUAUCCGAUUCCCGAAUUAGCGCGUCACGGAUUAACGAGUUUCUACUGUAAUAAUAAUGGAAUAAAUGAUUGACAGCCGAUUAGGAUAAUUUUGCGUUGUAACUCACAAACUAAGCAUCGGGCAGAAAAAAGCCUAGGCGUAGAAAAUGUCCGCAGUGAAAUUCUAAACAAGAUAUCUCCGUACAUUAUUCCUCUAUCUUGUAGUGUUUUCAAAUUAUGAUCCAAUCCAGACCAGUGUUAUUUUCUGAAACAUUAGUUCUUAACAUUUUUUUUAACCCACAAAUAAAGCAUCGGACAGGGGACCCGAUAAAGCCUACCGUCCAGCGACAUUAUCCAGCGUGACUCGGCUGGGGAUUGAUUUUGGAUAGGUUAGGUUGACGGCAAGCGCUUGGAGGGGAGAGGCGAGCCGAGAAUAUGCGACCAAGACACCCGGGUAGAGCGGUAGACGGGAGGAGUGGAAUAUAAGCGCCAGUGAUGAGAGGGGCGAUUAAGCCGAAAGGGGGGAAGUCUGGUGACCUUGAGUAGUUCACUCAUUUCCGUCUGCACACUUCUCGUGGUCACGUGUGUUAAGCGGAGACAUAUAAAUGUUUUGUUACAACUUGAACCUACAGACGUAAUAUUAUUCGUUGUAUUAUACACGUUCAUCUUUUUACUUUGGUAUAAUGUUUUAACAUUAAAUAAUAAAGUAAAUCAGCUAGCGUAAUUUUAAUCUUUGCCGAGGAAUUCCCAGUGGUCCAAUACUUACGUGAACCAUACUGUACCACUUUUGCCGUGAGGUAGUAAACAAGCCCCGGAUAUGUUUAUGUGUAGCGGCCUCCCGACCUUUAACCAGAGGCUGGGGAAUAUAACACUUGCCGAUCCGAGCCACACACACUCAGCAACUCGACAAAGCGUUUGAUGGAAUAAGUAAAGACAACGUUUAACAGACUUUUUAAUACGGCGCCACUGAUUGCGCUAAAAUUAUUUUGGCGCAAUUUUUGUAUCCCACAUGUGACCAUUUAUAAUUUACUAUAAGCAUGGAUAACAAAGUUUAACCACUUUACACGAUAGACGAUUCUUUAUUUUAUAUUGUACGAAUGCUAGAAUAGUUUUUCACGUAUCUGCUGCAUACUUCUGCAAAAGACACGCUAUUUGUAAGUACGUAAAUCUAGAAUUUUUAUUUUGUCAAUCAAACUCGGUACUUUGCGAUUCAUAUUCGGUUUGAAGUAUUACUAUGGCCUUUCUAUUUAGAAGACUUUGACCACAAAAUCGUGUGUAACCGCACACACUGCACUUACUUUGUUACGGACACUCAGACGAAGCAGAUACUGUGGCUGACACCACGAGACUGGCAGCAGCUUGUGUGCCGCACGUGUGUAUGGCGGCGUGUGGCGCGCUCGUAGGCCGUGCGACAAACUGUGCGCGGCAUGCGGAAAAAUAAAAAAUAAAAUUCAACAUUUAAUAUUUAUAUUUACAAUUUAUUAUUUUUAUUUUUUCACCCGCGUUUAGUGAAAACUGCGGAUGCAAAGUCCGCACAAAGGCGGGCCGUCUAUACUGUGCGUGCUUGCCGACCUAUUAGAACACAGGCGGUGUUUUAUGCCUUUUGACCUUGGUCACAUCGAAACAUCGCGGUUAUGCAACAACGCGGGUAAAAGUUAUGUCCCCCGACAACCGCGUUAAAUAGGGAGUGUACUGUACCAUAAUUUUAAAGAAAAAUAUUGAUACCAAAAUAUCAAUAUUUUAAAAUAUUAUUUCAGAUAAUGUUUGGCUCAGACAGCAGGACCAUUAUUGUGUGAGUUUGUGUUUAUCAGUUGCAGUAAGUUUACUCCUAAGAAAUACCACUACAAAAUGGUAGGAAUUGCAACGAAAAUAUUUUUGCUUGUCCAUAGCAAUGACACAUAAGUUGGACAGCCAGGCAAAAAAAAUCUAAUUACAAACUUUGCAUGUUAAUCAAUAGGAAAAUGCUUUCCUAUACUUUGCUUCAAAUCAUGACUGUGCUUGCCAGCCGUAGUGGUCCUACCUUUAAUUAACAUGACUUUAAUUUGUAAGUGCAAAAUAAAAAAAUACGUUUGGCAAAAAUCCAUUAAGAAGUGCAGCUGAGGUAGUUUAAACUAAAUUACACUACUCAUUCAGUGUGUCUUGUAAGUAAUGCAGACCAGUGCACAAUACCAUUUAUUGAAGACCUUAUCCUUGUCAAAACAGAUAAUCUGGCUUGUCAAUGUGCAACCAUUGUCACACAUUAGGCAACAAAAUUAGCUGAUGAAUAAUAGUUUGAGGUUACACUCUCAACUUUUCUCCACUUUUUUUGUAUCACUUUGUUUGUGUGCACUUGUCUGAAGUACUAAAUCUCAAAAGCAGAGGCACCCAUCUACCCUGCUUUGCUUUUUGAUAUUGUAAAGUUAAGGUCUUUGCGUAAAAUUUCAAAAGGAAAAUAAUUCAUAAUUGUGUAAAUGUCUUGUCAAAAUCAGUUUUUUUAUUGUUAAAGGAAAACUGGUCAAAAUGAAUUGUAAACAAAGUUCAUAAAUGAAGUAGAUCGAAACCCAUGCCUGAAAACCUUGUGGAGUUGUAUCUUCCUGCACAUUGCAUAGUAUAAAAUAAUUACAGCAGUCACUGUCAUGACUUCAGAAAUUUGAAUGUUUGUAUAAUGCCUUAAAAGCUUACUUCAGCCAACUAUUCAAGUGGGUAUCACACAAAAAUUGUUAAAUAGAUUAUAGUUGCUAUUCAUUGUCUGUCAGAAUGACGUGCUCCAAGUUCACUUCUGUUGUAUGCAGUCAAGUCCUUUGAGUUGAUGUUGGAGUUGUGUGAGAUGGAGCACAUUUUAUGUGUUUUAUUGUUCAGAAGGGCUUUUAUUUGCCUUGUUAUAUUUGUUAUUUGUGCCAUAGAGUACAAAAGUGUACAUCAUGACAACCCCUGUAAACCUAUUUCACCCUUAGGUUUUCAUGUUCUUACUGUAUUUUGGAUAUGUCUAGUUGCAUGUGUUUUGUAUUAUUAUAUGAAUGUGAACUUUUUGGUAUGUUUGUUGUGUGUGAUUUAAAUGCAGAAGAAAAUGUAAAAAAAAAAAGGCACAAUAAUUUAUUUACACUGGUUUAGGAAAGAAAUAAUUUUCAAAUGGAUUGUUUGGCAAUAUGACCAAUGAAUUUAGUAUUUGUUUGUGGCAGGAUUUGUUUUUUAUUACAGAGCAUCAUGCUUUUCUAAAUGAGUCAUUUUAAAGCAAAUAUUUGAACCCAUGUUUUGUUGUAUUUGUAUUUAACUACAUAGUCAUGAGGGACAGUUAACUUUUUAUUUAUUUCUUUCUUUCUUUAUUUUUUUUGCUUGAAGUAGUUCAACAGAGUACAUUAAAAAUUGUUGGAGCUACAAUGAAAAAAUAUAUAUUUCCAUAUUCAUAUAUUUGAGUGCACGUAAGAAUUUUUCUGCUGACCAUUAAUAAUCCAUACUAAACUUUAUUUGGUGUUUCCUGAUUACUUCUGAUAGCUUAUCAGUUGCUAUCCAUGGUUGAUAACUUACCACUGCAAUUACUAUAACUGCUACAACUGCAACUAUUACAACUUCUACUCUUCCUGCUACUAUUACUACCAUUACUAUUUAUACUAUUAAUAUUACUACUAUUAUUACUACUACUGCUACUACUGCUAAUGCUAAUAAUGCUAAUGUUACUUUGUGUGUUACUACUGUUAUGUUGAUAGAUAGUACCUACAUAUUUGGUUACUGUUUAUGAGAGGGCAAGUCUUUCCCAAAGUUUGCUGACUCAAAUUAUCUUUUCAAACUUCCUAACAAAAGUGGAGAGAAAGGUUUGAUAAAUGUGAUUAAUCUGCUCACAGAAAUACGUAAUUAUUUUUGAUGUUUUGUGGGCGCUCCACUUCACAUGUGUGCAUCUCAACUACUCUGAAUGCUCUUAAAUUACAUUAUUAUGUACUUACAUGAUUCUAAGUUGCCAUCAUUUCUAAGACACUCCCAUCUUUGGUUGUUAGUUCCUCUUAAUAAAUUGGCUGAGUAAAAUGCACUUAAACUUAAAAAUCACAACAAAGAUGCAACUUAUAAUGUAGGUAAUUAAACAAUGGAAGACUUGAAAUGGGGAGUAGCCAAGCAGUUCAAGUAACGGCCAGUAGAAUUACCACUGUCAACUGUGGGACACAAAAAGUAAACAAAGUCACCGAUAAAGGAAUAAGCCAUGUUGAAACAGUUGUGGACAAAAUCAUUAUUUAUUUGAAUUCAUUCAAAGCUGUUUUAACGAUUUAGCUUUGUCGAGGAAUUUGGAGGCUUAAAAAGAGUAAAAUUUUCAUAUUCGUAUUAUAACGAUGAGUGGAUUAAAAGGUCAGAUUUAUUUGUUUUCAUGGGGAGGAAAAACCUAAUGGUUUUGAAAUCCAUCACACAUACUGUGUGUUAAAGCAAGGCACAUAGUUUUGAUUUACUUUUUUUUGUGGAAAUGUUUGAGUGUUUAUGUGUCGAUUAUAUGGAAACUCUUUGCUGAUUAUGUACUAAAAAAAAUUGCCAGUAAAUAAUUCAGAAAACUUGUAUGUCUUCUACAAUAAAGUUAUCCUUAAGGUAUUUUCAUGUAAUUUUAACUUGCAUAUAUUGGAUAUAGGAUAUCCUUCACUUCUAUAGCAUUAACUUCUGAUAACUCAAAAAUUUUGCCUGCUUUAAUUUUGUUUACUGAGAAUUAAAUGUUAGUACAAAAUACAUAUUUUGUUUAGCUCUACAAAAAAAAAGUAAUAUUCAAGUACUUCUUAUGUUCUUUGCUUUCCCCCAAAAAAAUGACAUUUCGAAAUUCCUACUGGCUUCUGGAAUAUGUACUUACUAUUGGGGAGGGCAAGAAAGUUCAGGGAAAUAAGGUAACAACAUUAAAAAUGAGGAAAGUAUCACAAAAGAAAA